GGCAUGUCAGCAGGGCGCGCGUCGGCGGCGCCUGCGGCGAUGGCAAGCAUGGCGCGCGCGCGUGCAGCAACGCCCUGAAGAGCAUCAAUCACUACCAGGUUCAGGGAGACUCGUUCACCGACCAGCUGGGACAUCACCGCGUUGACAGAGCUGCGCGGGGAUUGGACAGCGAAUUUGAGAUCGCUGAGGAAUUCCUGAUAGCGAUUCACAAGAAAGUCGCUGUGGUACUGUCGCCGGCGCCACGGGCAGCACACAUGGCUUCGGACUCCAAGGUUUUCCGCUUCUCUAACCUCGUCAUGGGAGUGCGCUUGAAGCUCCCGAACAUGGACAAGGAGACAUUGCACUGCAGCGUGUACGUGCUUUCUGGUCUUAUUGCUGAGGAACGGGCCGCCCAAUGGAGUAGCGUGCCCAAGCUGCGCGAAUCUUUGAAAGACACGCAGUUUGCUGUUAUCUCCCAGGGGGAUUGGAACGCCCACCGCGGCAGGACCGGCAGGAAC